AUGAAGAACGCUCUGGCUUUUGCUUCAGCUCUAGCACUGGCUGGAUAUGCCGACGCAGUCCCAGCAGCUUCGAGCACUACUUGUUGUCGGGAGCUAUCCCAAGCCCUCCCAUCCGUCUUCUUUUCUCCCUCCACAUCACAAUACAACACUCUCAUCAAUGCUCGAUGGUCUGGUACCUCAGUCCUGCAUCCAGGCUGCGUCGUAACUCCCAAGUCCGCUCUCGACGUGUCCAAGGCCGUCAAAAUCAUUGUCAAGAACCAAUGCCAAUUUGCCGUCAGAGGAGGCGGACAUAACGCCAACCCAGGCUUCAAUAGCAUCGACGAUGGUGUCUCUAUUGAUCUCAGCUCCCUGAAUUCAGCUUCGUUGGCUAAAGAUCGCUCAUAUAUUGGCAUUGGCGCUGGUAUUACUUGGGGCGAAACCUACGACGCCUUCAACAGCAGCAAUAUUGGCUUUACGGGCGGAAUCUGCGAGGACGUCAGCGCCGGCGGUAUCAGCCUCGGGGGCGGCCAGUCUCUCUUCCAACCCAAGCGAGGAUGGGCCAUUGACAACAUCCUCAAUUAUGAGAUUGUGCUUGCCUCUGGUGAGAUUGUGAAUGCCAAUGCCACGAGUUAUCCGGAUCUCUUCAAGGCGCUGAAGGGAGGCAACACCAACUUUGGUAUCGCUAGUUACUCGGAAGUGCAAGAUCAGAUGAGCCAGGCUCUGGUUGACUUUACGGCGAAUAAUCACUUCGAUGUCAACACGUCAGUGCAGCUCAUGACUGUGUACUUGGCGAAUAAUCAAGGUCAAAUCGUCAACGCUGCCUUUGGAAACACCAUUGGCGAGGAGAAUCCCGCUUCUCUGCAAGAAUUCCUAAACAUGCCGAACCAGGUCAAGCACGAUGUUGGGCACAUCAAGCUUGCCGACUUUGUGCACCAAGUCAGUGAGUUUCAGGCCAAGGGAUAUCGUCAAGUGACUUCCAGCAUAACCUUUUCCAACGACUAUGUCACCGUCCGAGACAUUUGGGACGUGACUGAUGAGAUCUACAACGGACUCGAGCACAAAGACCAGGUUGACUGGAUGAUUUCGUUUAUCCCCCAGCCCAUGGUCCAGCAGUCAUACGCAGCUCGCAGUGGCGGCAACAGUCUCGGCCUCCAGAGUGUCACAGAUGACCAGAUCGUGGUGUGGCUGACUUCGCGGUGGACCGACCCCAGCCUCGACAGCAUGAUGUACGCCGCGCGAGACGACUUCAUUACCGCAACGGAGGCUGUUGCGAAGAAAUACGGCACAUACCACCCUUUCCUGUACAUCAACUAUGCUUCUCCUUCGCAAAACCCGCUCUGUGGAUAUGGAGUCGACAACUUUAAUUUCUUGAAGACUACGGCGGCAAAGUAUGAUCCUCAUGGCGUCUUUCAGAAGCUGAUGCCUGGCGGCUUCAAAGUCAGCAAGACGACUUGCUCAUAA